CGGAGCCUGCGCCGCGCUCGGCUCCCAUUGGCUGCCCUCGCCUUUGUGUGCCGGGCAGCUGCGGCCCCAGCCCCGCAUUUGAAUGUAUAGAGGGGGAUUGGAAGGGAACAUUUCCAUGGGCCAUCUGUCUCUUCGCCAGCCAGCGCUGCCGCCGCCUCAGCCUCCGCAGCCUCCGCCCCGCUGCUGCCUCCGCCACCAUCCCCUCCAUCCCCUCCAUCCCCUCCAUCCCCUCCAUCCCCUCCAUCCCCACCUCCUCCUCUACCACCUCCUCCGCCUCCUCCUCCUCCGCCUCCGCCUCCACCAGCGCCCGGGAGCAGCGCAACAAAGGGACCCCGCGCAGCAGCCGCGAGAGCAGCCGCCGCCGCCGCCGCCGCCGCCCCAGCUUCCAGGAUGGUCCUAGUCCACGUAGGCUAUCUCGUUCUUCCAGUAUUUGGCUCUGUGCGAAACAGAGGUGCCCCUUUUCAAAGGUCUCAGCAUCCUCACGCUACCUCCUGCCGCCACUUCCACUUGGGUCCCCCCCAGCCACAGCAGCUCACUACAGACUUCCCCAUCGCGCAUCCUGUGCAGUCCCAGCCGGGCCUCAGUCCCCACAUGGCCCCGGCCCACCAGCACAGCGGCACCCUCCACCAGCCCCUGACCCCGCUGCCCACCCUCCCGUUCCAGGAUGUCACAGGUCCCUCCUUCCUACCUCAGGCCCUGCACCAGCAAUACCUCCUCCAGCAACAGCUCCUUGAGGCCCAACAUCGCAGGCUGGUCUCACACCCCAGGCGGACUCAGGAACGUGUGUCCGUUCACCCUCACCGGCUGCAUCCAGGCUUUGACUUCAGCCAUCAACUACAGACGCCUCAGCCCAGGUAUUUGGCUGAGGGCACCGACUGGGAUCUCAGUGUGGAUGCUGGUUUGAGCCAUGCUCAGUUCCAGGUUCGACCCAUCCCUCAGCACUAUCAGCAUUACCUAGCGACGCCUCGAAUGCACCACUUCCCCAGGAACUCUUCCUCCACGCAGAUGGUCGUCCAUGAAAUCAGAAAUUACCCUUAUCCCCAGCUUCACUUCCUUGCUCUUCAGGGACUGAAUCCAAACAGACACACAUCGGCCGUGAGAGAAAGCUAUGAGGAGCUACUUCAGCUGGAGGACAGACUGGGCAGUGUGAGCCGAGGAGCUGUACAGAACACCAUUGAGAGGUUCACCUUCCCCCACAAGUACAAGAAGCGAAGACCCCAAGAAGGCAAAGGCAAGAAGGAAGAUGGGGAGGAAUCAGACACGGAUGAAAAAUGCACGAUUUGUCUGUCCAUGCUUGAAGAUGGAGAAGAUGUGAGGCGUUUACCCUGUAUGCAUCUCUUCCAUCAGCUGUGUGUCGACCAGUGGCUCGCCAUGAGCAAGAAAUGCCCCAUCUGCCGAGUGGACAUUGAAACACAACUGGGCGCCGACAGCUGAGGUGACAGUCCGCCUGGCAGAUGCCCCACUUUCCUUCACCAGGUCCCCCGACGGCCAUAGCCCUUGCAGCCAAACUUUGCCUUCUGAGCCAUUUGAUUUAAAGGAAAAGCCUGCAAGCACAUUUUGCGGAAAGAGGAAUCGGUGGUAUCAGCGUCUGAGGGAUAGGCAGGAGGCCCCACCCAGCCCAGCCCGAAUGGUCACCACCCCAUGUGU